AUGCUGCUCAGAGGAUUACGAGCCUGUGCUGAACGUGCCUCGAAACCACGCACGACAAACUUGGAUCGAAUUUCGAAGACCACCAAGGAAUUGUUGGAAAGAAGAAGGGCUUUGAGGCUUGAUCCGAAUGCAUCGCACGUUGAGCGGUUAGUAGCAAACACUAGCUGCAGAAAAGCGUUGCAGGAGGAUCUUUUGAAGUACAGGCAGAAGAAGAUUCUGGAAGCAGCACAAAGAAGAACGAGUCUAAAAAAGUGCCGCAGGGAUCUCCGCGAAUAUAAUAUUCCGCUAGCAACCUUGCUGAGCGAAGACGGGACUCGCACGUCUUCUCGUCGUGAGAAAUCAUUACGGAGAGGUUCUACUCGAACCUUUUCCGUUCAUCAACCUGUGUCAAGCCCGAUCAUCCCCACUGAUGAAGCUCCACCACGGAUUCUCCCUUCGAAAGUACGAGUCGCCAUCAAGAGCAUGAAACUUGGCACAGUUCCCGGACCUGAUUUUAUAUCAGUAGACUUUCUUCGGGCUGGUGGCCAUCCGCUUCAUGUAAUCUUAGCAGCGCACAUGACAUCCUACCUUCAGAAAGAAAGAAUCCCAGUGGAAGACCUCGCGGACCGUUCUCAUCUAUAA